AUGACCAUUCGCUUCCAUCGUCCACAACCAAUAUAUAUCCGUCGUCCUCUCUGUAUCAGAAAGAGCCUUGGCCAGUUUCUCAUACUCAUCAUCGGCAGAAAGAUAAUCCACAUCAUCCAGCACCGCCAAUUUCCCCAUCCAGUUCGUAAGAAUAAGAUAACGGAGCCCAGUGGGAUUCCCAUUAUAAUCGAGGACAGCCCAGUGGGGGGAAUUCCCGACAAACACAUUGCAGGAGGUGGUUGGGACCACAUUCACAGGAAAGAAGGGUGGUUGGUGAGGUCAAUCUCCUUCCAAGUGUUAAUAUCCGAGGACCAGACCUCGGCCAAGGUUUCUCUGCAUUUCUGCGAAAUGAUUCUAACCACCUUGUACACGUCAGACUCUUCGUCCCAGCAGAAGGCGAAUGUGGCCUGA